GGUUGCCAUUCCAAGAAGCAGCUCAAACAUCAGCGCCGAUCAAGUUGCGCGGUGCGGAGCAUCAGUCGGCGCACUUUCGCGCACAUCAAGAAGGACGUGUCUGAUACAACUGAGUGUAUCGACAGCAACAUGAAUUACAUCAAGAUCACAGAUCAUGACAAGCUGGCUGCGGCUGCGGAGUCUUCUGGCAAAGUUCUGGUUAAGAGGAUUACACAAUCCUGGCAAGAAGACCUGUGGUUGAGAAAGAAAUGGAAUUUUACAGAAGACUCCAAAGAAUUAUACAUGAAAGAAAUAUGCUUUAUGAUCGGUGACGAUCAAAUAGAACUUCUGCAUCCAGUAAUGGAAGAAGAACCAAAGUGUAAGGUAACAUUUGGACAAGGAAACCUCCAAACAUUAUCUUUAGUUUUAAAAUUCAAGUUGAACAAUAUGAAGGUUACUGGUACCAUGCGUAGCUAUAGUUCUUCUAAGCCAUGCAAAAGUUUUCCCUAUGAGUUGUUUUUAAAAGAUGUUGAAUUUGAGAUUGUGGCUGGACUUAUCAUUCGAGGAGAUAGCUUUUGCAUUGAAAAUUAUUCCAACAAUUAUUUAAAUUUCAAUCUUAGUCUUUCUUAUAAAACUAAGGACGAAUCAAAAGAAAUAUUCCCACUAGACAAGAUACAAGAUUCAGACCUUAGAAAAUCAAUUGAGAUAUAUAUAUUGGAUAAACUAACAAAAGAUAUAGUUCUUGCUGUCGAAGAUAGAGUAGGUGAAGAGUGUGUAGAUACAUCUGUCAGUAGUAUGCUCGAUAAUGAAUAUAGCUAUCGCAAUAAGUUAAGGUUGCAUAAGAAGAAAAUGACAUCUGCUUUCCAAAAACUAGUUGUUGAGAUUGUAGGUAUGCUGAACCAUCAACUGGAGGAUAAAAAAUUAAACGAAAUUUCUUUACCCAAUCUAUAUGGAAAAUUAUUAGAGAAAGACAACCAAAGAGGAACGUUCACAGCUUCACAGGGUUACUUGAAGAAUUUAGCUUCAUUGCAACAACUUGGAGAUAUCACUGUUCAUCAAGAUGGGGAAGAUAUCAUCAUAUUCGUUUUCUUAUACUUUUCUUAUCUGGACAUUGUUUACAAAAACCUCAGUAUAAACAGAAAAGAUUUGGAAAAUACAAAGUCAUUUGAAACACCAGAAAAUUCGAAUUCUUCAUACAUGAAAAUCAAAAUCAGAAAAGUGAAUGAUGAAAGGAUCAAUCUCACUCUACUUGACUAUAAAGUUGAUGAUCUUGGCUAUAUUGAAGUGAUCUGGGAUGCUCCUGAAAAUGAUACUUUCAAAAAAUAUAUUGAGCCAGAAUUAGCUAUGUGGUUAAAUUAUGCAUUAGAGUAUCAGGUCACACCAAUUAUUGAAGAAAGGAUCAAAAAUUGCUUAGCUGAAGUAUUGAAGAACGAAAAGUUAUCUCAAUUAGUCUUACAUCCUCAAGACACUGAUGAUGGUAAUGACAGUGACCCAUUAAAUGAAGUAGAUGAAGAAGAUGAAGAAGAAAUAGACGAUGGUCAAGAAGUACAGAGUAAAGAAGAAAAAGAUGAUGAUGAAAUCUAAAAUAAGAGUUUUCAAGAUAAUUCUUAAUUUUGCAAACUGCUACAUGAAUAAAAAUUUUAGACAGAUGCGAGUUUUACUAACAAAAAUUUUAGAAAUCUAUUGAUAGAAGAAAUUUGGGUUUUAUUAAUUAAUCUUACAGACUUUAUAUUUCGUAGAAAACAAAGAUGGCUUUUAGUUCUACCUAAGAAAUUGCCAUGUAUUAUGCGCAAAAAUGCAUGUGAUUUAGUUAUUUUACAAUAACAAUAAUAUAAUUGACAGUGUUUAAUAUUAUCUUAAAAGAACUUUUCUAAAGAGACUUAUUUUUUUUAAUCCUUCAACAAUAUGAAAAAUGCAAUAUUGUAAAAUUCAAUGUUAUAAAAACCGCUAUCGUUACUAAAAUGAAAUUAACAAAUUGAUCAUUUACAUUUAUUAAAGAUGAAACAGCUUAUGUUUAUUCAUUUAGCAGUGAAGAUUAUUAAUAUGUAAAAAUUUGAUAUUUUAGUUCUCUUAUAUUGUUUAAUAAUUUGUAUACUUAGAAUAGAAAUCUUUUAUAUAAUCGCAUAUAUAACAUACAUAAAAAUUUCUCUAUCAUCAUACUCUUAUUUUAAGAAGCAUUCUUCAUAUAUACAAUCAUAUGUUUUCCAUUUAUAGUAAUAAAUAAUGAUAACUACCCUUACGUUUAUUGUAUAAGCUGCAUUAAUAGAAUGCUUUUGUAUAUACAAAUUACAUUUUAUGAAUAAUCAAUUUAUAUUCAAUAUAUUAUUUGUACGUUUAUGUAAUUACGAUAAUGGUAUCAAUAAUAAUUCCUAAUUUUCUAUACAACCUAA